AUGCCGCUCCGGUCCGAGUGGCCGCCCGGCUCCGACCCGCCGUCCCCAGCGGGCACGAGCGAGAUUCCAUGGUGGAAGCAGCGUGUUCUCAGCCCGGGAGCUCCAUCGAUCGCCGUAGUUGAGAGGGAGGUUGAGGUGGCAUCGCUGCGGGAUGAGCUGAGGAGCGCACGCCGGCAUCUUGAGGCGGCUGCCCGGCGAGAGGCAAUGCUGAGGCAGGCGCUGCAGCAGGCGCAUCAGGAUGAACCUGCAAACCCCGGAUUGGGAGGAAAUGCUCCUUUACCCAGCCUCGAGAGUCGGUCGCGUCCCAGCUCGGAGCCUCGGUCCGUCCCACUAUCCAAAGGCUUUGGCACGCUGGGGGAACCGGCACCGGCACCACCGCGACAUCAAGCGCAGGGCGAAGCUAUCGAGGCGAUGUGGCUUGGGCUGAGGGACGAGGCAGUUCGCCCGUUGCUACCCUCCGUCGUCAAGGAGGCGAUUCGCGCCGAGGUGGCGAGGCGGGUGCCACUGCGCCGCCGCCGGUCGUCGAUAGGCGGCGCGACCGGCCAGGAGGGUCUCGUGCUCGAGCUCGCGCGUGCCGUCACCGCCGAUGUCCUCGCCGAGGAGGGCCGUGCGGCCGUGCUGGCUGCGCUCCGGGCAGUCGCGCAUGAUUACACCGCGCAGAUGCGAGCGGAGCGGGUGUUCGCCUCUCUGCUGACCGAGGUGAUGCGCGAGGAGCUAGAGGGAGCGCGCUAUCGCAGCAGCGCAGCCUCACCGAGAGAUCGGGAGGCGACCGUGACCCUGCCUCGCUAUGUCUGGACAAACGACACUCCGCCACUGUUGGCCGACGUGCUCAGGGGCGGGCCAGCCGGCCUCAUCUACAAGUGGAGGUCCGAGACGCUCAGCCAGUGCACGCUCGAGUUGCUCCUCGAGCCACACAUUGAGCUCGUCGCCCGUGCGGCGCUCCGGGAGGUGCGAGGUGCGCACGCGCGGCGGCGUGAGGCGGAGGAGCGUGAGCUUGUGACCGAACGCGCCGUGGCGACUGUGAUCGAGCCUCUAAUUCUCGAGAGGUUCACGCAGCUGGUGGCGACGAGAGCAGAGCCGCUGAUCCUGCAGCGACACGCGGCGCAGUGGCUCGACGAGCUCUGUGCGGAUGCGCUUUUCGAGCAUGCGCUCGCGCAGGCGGGGAGGCACGCCGAGCUCGAGGCGAGCCCGGUACUCGCUCAGACGCACCGCGAGCUGGCGCAGGAGGCGAUGCUCGACGAGAUGAUUGAGCAGGUGCUGAGCAUCGUCCCAUCCGGGCUGCACCCCGGCGCGGUCCCGUUGUCUCCGGAGGAGACGGACGAGGACGAGAAUGGCGAGGGGUGA